CGGGGCUGAGGCGUCGCCGCACCCGGCAGCGUGAGCGCAGAAGCGGCCUCAACCCGGACCUCCGAGACCCGCGGGCCGUGCCCGCCGCGGGCCCCACCCAUCUGGGCCCAGGAGGCCGUGGCCAUGGCCGAGACGGAGGAGCGGAGCCUGGACAACUUCUUCGCCAAGAGGGACAAGAAGAAGAAGAAGGAGCGGAGCAGCCGCGCCGCCAACGCCGCGGGCGGAGCGGCGGGGGCCAGGCCGGGCGACGGCACUGGCACGGGGACUAGGCCGGGCGACGGCGGGGCCGCGGGCACCAGGCCGGGCGACGGCGGGGCCGCGGGCACGGGGACCGUGGGCCCCGGGGCCGCCACGAAGGCCGUGACGAAGGAUGAAGAUGAGUGGAAAGAAUUUGAGCAAAAAGAGGUUGAUUACAGUGGACUCAGAGUGCAGGCCAUGCAAAUAAGUGAAAAGGAAGAAGAUGAUAAUGAAAAAAGAGAAGAUCCAGGAGAUAACUGGGAAGAAGGUGGAGGUGGUGGAGGUAUAGAAAAAUCUUCAGGUCCUUGGAACAAAACAGCUCCGGUACAAGCGCCUCCUGCUCCAGUAAUUGAAACCCCAGAACCGGCAAUGACUAGUGGUGUGUAUCGGCCUCCUGGGGCCAGGCUAACCACAACACGGAAAAUGCCACAAGGACCACCAGAAAUAUACAGUGAUACACAGUUUCCAUCCUUGCAGUCCACUGCCAAGCAUGUAGAAAGCCGAAAAGAUAAAGAAAUGGAGAAGAGCUUUGAAGUAGUAAGACACAAAAAUAGAGGUAGGGAUGAGGUGUCAAAAAACCAGGUCCUUAAACUUCAGCUAGACAACCAGUAUGCUGUGCUUGAAAACCAGAAAUGCAGCCACACACAGUACAAUUAAGGAGUGGUCUUUGCCAGCCCCUGUAAGGUAACUAGACCACAGCUAACCACCAUGAACAGCCAUUCAUCAUCUGAUCUCUGUUGGAUCUACAGCAACCGAUGCAGACCAUGCAAGUGACCUGCCUAUUGCACUAUGGAAGUUCAAAGUGUCACAACUGCUCUUUAUGUAUAUUGGAUUUAGGGGAAUCUUCAUUGUUACGUGUGUGAACUAGAUGCAACACUUUUUUCAUAAUCACUCUGCAAAUACAAAAACAAAACCUGCAGUCAGUGGUCAUUUGGAAAAUCUUUUUAUGUUCAGAUACUGAGCCUUUGUAAGGGUUGACUACCUCAGAUUUGCUGCACUCUUUGGGGACUUCAUGUGGAUCACAACUUCUGGAUAAGAGCGUUACAGCUAUUAAAAGUGUCGAUGUGAACCUUGAAA